AUGAUUAGAAAGGAUAUUUAGUUUUUUUUAUGGAUCCUCCAACUUGUGAAUGGAUUUAGGAGUUUGUAUAGUAAUUAUGAUAAGGCUGGUUACCUGAUUGAAUGUAGAGGAGGACAUUCUCAUGCACCUGGAAUGCAUCCUCAUCCUUGUGGUUAUUUUCACUCUGGUUGUUCAUCAGUUACAGAACCUAAAAUGAUCAUACUUAAUGGAAAUGAAGCGCUAUGCCAUCCGAGACUUCAAUAAUAUACAGUGUGGCCACUUUAAUACUUUGAAUAGGUGUUAUUCUGUUAGAAUAAAGCAAUAAUCUAUGAAUAUUCAGAGAAUACCGAUUUAGUCCUUUCAUGCUUAUUUGUGUUUGAUAACUGUCUUAUAGCUUAAAGGUCUGGAGAUAUUCUUAAGUGCUAAUAUUGUUCUGCUUAUAAAACCGGUGAGAGAUGUUUACCAUCGCUUGGUACUUUAAAUCCAUAUUUAGGUUGCGGAAAUAAUUGUGCAAGUUGCGUAUCAGAUGAUUGUGGAACAUGUAAGGAAGGGUAUUCACCAUCAAGUAACACAGAUUUAAAAUGUAGUUUAGCCUGCUAAGCAACACAUUUGAGUUGUUCGGUGGAUAAUGGUGUAUACUCAUUUUAAGGGUGCAGAAAAGGCUACGAGCUGGUUGACGAUUAAUGCGUGGCAUGCCCUUUUAAAUGCACUACUUGUGUAACGGGUGUUUGCACUGGAUGCGAAUUCCACUAUUUUCUAAAAGACAAUUAAUGUUUUGGAGAUAUCAAUUGCACUAGAUUUGAUUAUAAUUAUGAUCCUAAUACUGGAUUAGCUGUUGGGAUAACAUGUUAAAUAUGUGACUUUGGAUAUUUUUAUAAUCCAAUUCAACAAAAAUGCACACUCUGCAAAGAGCAGCCUGGUUUAGAAAAAUGUUUGAUUUGUUUUAAUGCGACAGAAUGCAAAGUUUGUUUGGGAACACAUAUAAUAACUGAUGAUAAGAAAUGCACGCCAUUUCUUGGUUGCUCUUCAAAUUGUUAAACCUGCCUAUAUACUGAUCCUAAUUACUGUACAACUUGUAAUUUGAAGGAAAAAUUUCUAACUUCAGCUAUUAAGCCUGGGCAAUGUAUUUGUGAUUAUCCAAAUGGUUAUAUUGAUAAGGAUGGUGUCUGUGCGAAAUGUACAGAUGGGUAAUGCUCAAGUUGUCGUUAUAAUUAUUAUUAUUGCGUAUCUUGUAGAGCAAUAACAAAUAGAAUGCUUUUUUUUACUCAAUGUAUUUGUAAACAAGGCUAUUACGAGACUGGUUUGAGCAAUUAAAUAUGCCUAAAAUGCUAUGCUGAUUGUUACAAUUGUAAAGGACCUUAUAAUAAUGAUUGUACCGAAUGUGGAGACCCUAGCAUUUAUUAUAAAUACUUUGAAAAUGGGUCAUGUUUUUGCUUAGAAAGAACAUUACUGCAAAUUUAAUCUGACGGAAAUAGCAUUUGCCAACCUUGUCAUCCUAGAUGCUAAAAAUGUUCUCAGCCAUAUGACACUUCAAAUAAUUAAUAUUGUACUAUGUGUAUCCCCGAACAACGUAGAGUUUUAUCAAGCGAUUACAAAUGUGUUUGUUAGAAUGGAUAUGGAAGCGAUGGAAUCUAAGAUAUUUGCACUAGUAACCGAUUUAAAAGUUAAUCAUAGAGACCUCUUGAAACUGAUUGUUUAUAAUGUUCCUCAGUUGCUCAUAGAUAUUUGACAAUUGACAAUACAUGUUCUUGCACCUAAGCCUAUUAUGAUCCUGGUUUCUAAGAUCAAAUUUGCUAUUUGGCUUGUCAUCAUUCUUGUACUAGUUGCAAUGUUUAUGGAAAAGAUCAAUGCACUUCAUGCCCUUCAACAAGAUAUGCUGAUUAAGUUGGAACUACUUUCUAAUGUCUUUGCAAAGACUCACAUUAUUAUAGUGAUCCGCUCUUCUUAUAAUGUUAGCCAUGCCACCUAACAUGCAAAACUUGUAAUGGCAUUUAUCAAACUAAUUGUUUAACUUGCGAUACUACUUAUAGAUAAUUGGUUCUUUCAAAAUGUGAUUGCUACCCUGGUUAUUAUAGUCUGGGCAGCCUGUAGUGUUCAUAGUGCCAUAAUACCUGUCUAUCUUGUUUUUCUUCGGAUGAAGAUGGUUGUAUCACUUGUGCUUCAGAUAAAAACAGAGUUAUGAAAGCUAACAAAUGUGUCUGCAUGAAUAAUACACUGUAAACAUCAAAUACUGAUCCAAUUUGUUAAAAUUGCUCAUAUCGUUGUUCAUCUUGUACUAUAAAUCCAGAGAAUUGCACCACAUGCCCUGAUUCAUCAGAACGUGACUUAGGGACUGAUAAUUCAUGUUAAUGUCCAGCUUAUUAUUAUGAUUAACCUGGUAACCCCAUUUGCAUAAAGUGUCAUGGUACUUGUUAAACCUGUCAAGGGUCACAAAGUAAUUAAUGCACAUCUUGUAAUACUCUAAGUAAAAGAGAAUUGAACUCCAAUGGUGAAUGCAAAUGCCCAAACUCAUACUUUGAUUUAGGAAUAUAAGAAUGUUAAACUUGCAGCAGCGAUUGUUUAGAAUGCGCAAUUACUCCUACAAAUUGUACAUCUUGUAAUCCAGAUAGAUAUUUACUCGGAAACAGUUGUUUAUGCAAAACAAAACUUUAAGGCAGUUAUUUAACUACAUAUUUAGUUCCAUUAAAAAAUCGAUGCCAAAACUGCCAUUAUAGUUGUCUAUCCUGCAGUGGCCCAUAAGCAAAUUAAUGUUUGUCUUGUUUAAAUUCAGAAUCAAGAAUUUUAGUUGACAAAAGUUGUGUAUGUGGUGAAAAUACCUUGGAUAUCAGUGUUCCUAAUUGUCAAAAAUGCGAUUAUCGAUGUUAAGGAUGCACAACAUUAUCUACUCUAUGUAAAGCUUGUCCAUCAUUGAGCUUAAGGAUAUUUAAUUCUUCGAGCUCUUCUUGUAAUUGCCCUAGCUAGUAUUACGAUGAUGGAGUCAAUACUGUUUGUUAAAAAUGCGACUACUCUUGUUUGACAUGUAAAAUAACAUCAACUAGAUGUGAUUCUUGUUAAGUAAAUUCAAAUCGAACUUACAAUAUUUUAUUAUUUUCUUGCCUUUGUAACGAUCAAUAUUAUGACUCUGGAAUUACUAUUUGUCAAUAAUGUCAUUAUUCCUGUUAACUAUGUAAUUCUUUUGGAGCAGAUUAAUGUCUGAGUUGCUAACCAUAGACAACAUCAUUUAGAAUAUUAAAUGGAAAGGUUUGCGAAUGUCUCCUUGGAUAUUAUGACGAUGGAUUGUCUUCAAAUUGUUAAAAAUGCUUUUAUAAAUGUUAAAGCUGCAUUACAUCAUAAUCUUAUUGCACAUCUUGUGUCUAAACAAGGCAUUUAUCUCAAAAUCAAUGCCUAUGUGACACUGGCUUUUAUGAUAAUGGCUUAAGUAAUUGUAGUAAAUGUGAUUCAAAUUGUUACAAUUGCAAUUACAAUUCAAAAUUAUGUACAGAAUGUGAUUCAAAUACCUUAAGGAUUUUGAACACAAAUAAUAAUACUUGUUAAUGUUAACCAGGCACAACUGAAAUAGAUGGAUUAUGUUAAUACUGUGAUAUCAAUUGUUAGACUUGCUCAAAUACUAUUACAAAUUGUAUAUCAUGCGGUCCAUCGAAAAUGCUAAUUAAUUCAAAAUGCGUUUGUAUAGACGGAACAUAUUUGUUGAAUGUUGAUAAUAAAUGUUAUAAUUGUAACUCUACUUGUGAAACUUGUGGUGGACAAGACUCAUUUUGUUUGAGUUGUUCUUCAGAUAAAAAUAGAGUUCUUAAUAUUACAAAUCACUUUUGUAUUUGUAUGGAUGGAUAUUAUGAAGAUAUAGUAAACAACUCUUGUUUGUAAUGCGAUAAAACAUGCUUAGCUUGUUUUGGUAAUUCUUCAAAUUGCACACAAUGUGAUUCAAGUCUGAACUUAACACUGAAUUAGUAAAAUAAAUGCGUAUGCAAAUCAGGUUACUUUUUUAAUCUUAUUGCCUAAUAAUGUUAAGUAUGCCACUUUAGUUGCACUGAAUGCUAAACCUAAAAUUAAUGUUUGUCUUGUGAAUUAAUAACUAGAUAUUUUGAUAGUGAUACAUCGAAAUGCAUUUGCAAGGAUGGCUUUUUUGAAGCAAAUCAAAAAUAGUGUAUAUAAUGUCACAGUAGUUGUAAAACAUGUUAAAUUUAAUCAAAUAAAUGUCUUUCUUGUGAUUCAUCUAAUCUAAGGUAUUUUUAAAUAAAUUCUUGCCCCUGUCUUGAUGGUUAUUAUGAUGUUGGAGUUGAAAUAUGUCAAAAAUGCAGCGACAUUUGUAAAACUUGCUAAAUAAGUUCAACAAAAUGUUAAUCCUGUUACCCAAAUCAUCUGCGUACAGUAAAUCAGAAUGAUUGUACAUGCAUUCCAGGUUAUUUUGAUAAUGGAUCAUUAAUAUGUGAAAAAUGCUCAAAUUCAUGUUAAACUUGCAAAAGUCAGAAAGAUUAAUGUACUAGUUGUGAUGUAAAUUAAAAUAGAUUAGAUUAAUCUAUUAUACACAAAUGUCCUUGCAUUUCUGAUUUUUAUUAGGAUUCUAAUGAAAUUUGCUAAAAAUGUCAUGUAAAAUGUUCUGGGUGCGUUAAUGAUAGAAAUAAUUGCUUAAGCUGUAAAUAUCUCUAAGGAUCCAAUAGAUAAACAAUUUCAAAUUAAUGUAAUUGUAAAGAUGGAUAUUAUGAUGAUGACGUUCAAAUUAUCUGUAAUAAAUGUGAUAGUCGUUGUAAAACUUGUGAAAAAGAUGCAAAAAAUUGUCUUAAAUGCUUCAGUAACUUAAGAAUAAAUCCUCCAGAUUGUUCAUGUAUGAAUGGUUACUUUGAAACUUCAUAACUAACUUGUGAAGCUUGCGAAUUUUAAUGCAAUACUUGCUAAACUAUACCCUCCAAUUGCUUAACAUGUAAGGAAGGUCGAAUAAACAAAUCGUGUGAUUGUGAAGAAGGAUAUUUUGAAGAUGGCCAACCUUUAUGCAUUUAAUGUGAUGUUUAAUGUCAAAGAUGCGAACAUUAUGCAGAUAAUUGUCUAGCAUGUAGAGGCGAUAGAUCGGAAAUUCCUUUAUGCCGAUGUUAAGAUGGAUAUUAUGACGAUUUUUAAAGUUUAAAUUGCUUGAAAUGUGAUUACACUUGUAAAACAUGUACUUUGUAUGAAUGUUUAUCCUGCAAUGGAAAUAGAAUUUUAUCUGAUUAAAUGACUUGUGAUCCACCUCCAAAUUCAGCUAGCUCACUAUUAACUCCUUGGUGUUCAAAUUGUGAUGUAGCAGUCAUGAACAUUACUCUAUCGGAUGAUCUGACAGCAAUAAUUGUCUAAUUUGAUUUCCCCUUAAAUCCAAAUUUCUUUUCAACUUAACUUGAUAGCAACGUUUGCUUUAACAUCCUAAACUAGACUACUCUUUCUAAAUUAGGAAUAAAUCCAACGUGUAUAAUAGAUCCAGAUAAUUAACAAUAAUUAAUUUUGAAUCUUGGCCGCAAUCCCACUAUUAUUCCAGGAGAUUUAAUUUAAUUUUUGCCAGGUUCACUUGGUCACAAAGAUUGUAGUAGCAAACUGUUGUCCUUCUUUUUAAAUAGACUUCAAAAACCUUCGAAUCCAUUAGCUCCUAUUAUCAAAUAUGAUGUACCUACAUAUCUUUUUAAUCCUUGUGAUGAGAACAUUAUCUUAUUGGAAUAAAAACUCUAUGAUGGCUUACGAAGUUUUAUCUCCUUAUAAUGGUCUUUUGUUGUGCAGGGAUAAAAUGGAAAUGGUGAUCUUGCUAAUUUCGUUACUGAAUUAACAAAUUUACAAUUAUUGGAUCUAACAAUACCAUAAAGAACAUUACCAAUUCAAUCUAAUGUAACUUUAUAUGUGGAAGUUCAAAACUUUGUCUAAAAAAAAAACGUUUUCUAAAUAUUUAUUCAAACACAUGCAGGAUAAUUUCCUAGUAUUGUGUCGAAGUUUAAACUGCAAUAUUAUCCUUUUGAAUCUAUAAAUCUAGCUUUCACUUUAGUUUCAAAAAGUUGCAUUGAAAAUUCAAAAAUAUCAAAUGAUAAUUCUCAAUAUUAAGUUGAAUUUUACGAAAUAUAUAGAAAUAACUCUAAAUCCAGACCUUCUAACAUCAAUUAUACCAAAUCAAUUAAUUCCAACUUAUUGGAAUUUAAUAUUCAAAGCUACUCUUUAAGUGCUUGGACAGCUUAUACAUUUCAAUUAACUAUUUCAGAUUCUUCAAUUUAAUAUUAUUCCUAACAAAAUGUAACUCUUUAGAUUAAAUCAGCGGGAAUUAUCUGCCAAUUUAAUGGAACAAAGAAAUUGCAAAAAUACUUAGAUGUUACAAAUAUUUAUAUCUUAUGCAAAGAUCUUGAUGUUUAAUAUAAUUGGAAUGAAGAUCCAGAAUUGUCAAUAAUAGUUAGUUGUUUAGAUCUAACUGCUCAAGAAGAAUGCAAGGAUUCGUAAUAGAAAAAAUUAUAAAUUAAUUCUACUUCAACGAGUUAGGUUUUUCCUAAAGCUACUUUUUAGCCAUUCACAAUUUAAGCGUGGAUUGUAGUAGCUACAAAAAAUUCAUUAUCAUACACUUAUAAAAUCAUAAUUGUAUAUUUAGAAUAUGAUUUCAAAAUCCUAGACGUCGAUUAUAAUAAUGGAUAUUUGGUAAGGCCUGUUAAUAACUAUGAAGAUUUACAAUUUACUUUUAAUAUACCUUUUAAGAAUAGACAAUAUCUUCUAGAUUAUUAAAUAGCAAUAAUUUACGAUUAUUAAUUAAUUUCAAUACUUAGUCCCCAAUACUAUAAAUAUUCCUUUUAAUUAUAUGAUUAUUAUUAAUAAUUUAAUAAAGGAAAUAAAUUUAACCUAAAAUUUUUAGCUUAAUAUACUAAUGAUAUCAUUCCUGAUCAGGCAGACUUAAGCCUAAGUUUAAAUUAACCUCCAAUUUGUAAAUUUCAAAUGCUAGAAUAGAAUAUCAAAGCUUUAGAGUCUCAUAAAAUAGCAAUUAAUUGUGAAUAAUCUGAAGAUAAACCAUAUCUUUAUUAAAUGAAAGUGUUUUUAUUUAAAGAUGAUUUUGAAGAGUUUCAAAAUAAAUCUUCAGAUAAUUCACUACUUUUCUACAGCUUUUAGUAAUCUAAUAAUUUAAUAGGAUAUUUUCCUAAUUUAGAAAUUAAUGUAAUAUUUUAGAUCAUCGAUUAAAGAGGGUCUAUUACAAAUAUUCAAAAGAACUUAAAUAUGUCGCAGAAUCAAGUUGUCUGUUCAAAUUAAACUAUAGAUCAAUUAAUAUUAAGGGAAAAAAUUGCAUGGAUAUUUGAAAUAAUGAUUAAUCGUUAAGACGAUUAAAAUUGCAUCAAAAUGAAGGAUGAAUUAUUAAAAUAUAUUGAAUUAGGAAUAAACUCUAAAGAUAUAUAUGAAAAAUUAUUAGACCAUCAAAUAAUUAAUUUAUAAAAAAAAUUAAUAAUUAAAUAGUAGGCUUAAAAUACUUCAAUAAGAUUAUUAGAAUAAAAUGAGCAAUAUGAAUGCUAUAAUAAUGAAACAUUUCUUUUUAUUAAUACUAAUUAAGAACACUUCUAUAAAAACAUCACAAAUAUUUCAUCCUUAGUAAUAUAUUCUUAAAAAGUAGAAUAAUAAAUAACAAGUUUAAUAAAGUUGAAGGUGAAUAUGGAGAAGUAAAAUGAACAAAAUACUCUAAUAGUUGAUACUCAGUCAAAUAUGUUGAUUAAAAGUGUAAUCUAGAUGCUAUAAAUUUCAGUACAAUUAAUUGAUUAUUAAUUUGUAAUUAUUUCUCAAAAUGAAACGUCGGCAGAGCAUUAAGAGCAAGUAGCAAAGAUAUCUGAAAAAUUCAUUUCAUUAAUUGAUAAUAUUACUAUGCAUAUUAGUGAUACAGUCUAAGUUAAUGGAUAGGCUUUAUUGAUUUAAGGGAUGAUUUUAAAAUUAUAAUUUUAAAAACUUACGAAAUCAAAGCAUAAUAUAGAUUUUUAAAUGCCGAAUGAUUACCUAGAUAAUUUAAUUACAUUCAUACAGAAGUAACAACUAAUAGUGAAUUACAAUUAUUAUAAUCAAUCAUAAACCUACAGGACUAUGCUUCAAAUUUACUUAAAUAGAUCAGAUUUUGAGAUUGAUUAAAAGCAUUUCGUCAAAACAAUGUUAACUAAUUUCCUUUAUACUAAUUCCUAAAUUAAUCAGCUUGAAUUAAAUAAUUAUUAUAGAAUUGACAUGGCAGAAUUGAAAUUUUGUGACACUUCAAAUCAGUUUUCCUUAGUUGUUGAAUAUAAUUAUUAUUGUAUUAAUCAUAUUAAGGAAAAUAAAUUUGAAAAAUGUGAUUUAGAAAUGGAAUAAAUUGAUGAUCAAAGAACAUAACUUUUUUGUAAAUGCAAGACUAUAGGAAAUUUAUUUUUGAUAAAAAUUGCUAAUAAAAGUAUAACCUAAAAUAAUAGUACAGUGGUAAAUUAAUUUUAAUUUGAUUUUUCAUCAAUUAAAUUAUUUGAGCAAGCUUUUCUAUUUGUCUAGGGUGGAGUUAUACUAUCAUCUUUUUUUGUUUAUUGUUUCCUAUUUUAUAAAGAACAUCAAAGUUAAAAGGAGAGUGACUUAGAAUAAAGUUAAAGCGAGAGAUAAGAUACUCUAGAUAUAGGUCAGAAAGUUUUAGGAAGAAAAUUUUAUCCAGGCCACGUUUAUAUUUUUAAAGCAUCUUUCAAAUAUAUCCAUUCAAUUUUGUAAUUUUUUUAAGAUGAAGAAAAACAUUUUAAAAAUGUCAAAAAAAGCUUUAGAUUUUUACAGUUUAGUAAUUAAAUAAGCAUCUUAAUAUUAAUAUCCACUUGGGAAGUCUUAUCCCAAAAUUUCGUAAUUAUGAAUAUAUAAGUUAACCUCCUUAUUCUAUUAAGCGUUAGAACAAUCUCGAAGAUAUUUUAAGCAAUUUAUUAGUUUGGAGGAAAAGCUGCUUUAGCAGUAGUUUUACUGUAUCUUUGCCUUCCUCUUGUAUAUUUAUUCCUAACAAUUUUUGUGUUAAAUUAAAUUGCAAUACAUAAGACUGACAUCGAUAUUUAAGUAGCUUUCAAUUUAUUAAGCACUUUAUUUUUAGUUUUUUUCAUUUUUGAGCCGAUUGCAAUUUAUCUAAGAAUUGUUUUUUACAAAACCUUCUUCGACAGUGUUAAAAAUAAUGAAUAUAUUCCAAUCAACCAUUUUAUUUAUUUCUUUAUCCAUCAUAGUAGAAUAAAUAGAAUUUAUGAUUAACUCAAUAUUAGAUGA